UGUUAUUUGGUUUGACCCAGAGUGGCAACCGUGGGAGAGCUCCAUGUUGCGGCGCUGCGUGGCAGUGGGCACGGAUCUCAUCCACGGCUGAAACCCGGUGAAGGGCCCCGGUCAUUGGCACCUCCAGCAGAAGCCGCCGUGGGUCUCUGUCCGAUUCCGGGCACAGCUACCUGCUGCAGAGCCGCGCGUUUGCGCGAGAGCACCCGGGGGGGUCGCCACCUUGACUUCUUCCUGCGUUUCGGGCUAAAUGUGCUCGCUUUGAUAUCGGUGCGGUUAUUUCUAGAGUCCACUCGCUGUUUUCGGGGCAACUGCAAACGUGCUCGGGUGAUUUGGACGCACCGAGCAGCCGCACGGACCUGACGGCGCGCUGCGGCGGAACCGGAUCAUCAGAGGAACCGUGAAUGUGAUGUCAAAGCUGGGCAGAAAAAACAAAGGUUCGAGUAGAUAAGAGAACUGCUGUGCAUCUCUGCUGGAGAGGAACUGGUGAAAUGUAGCGCCUCGCCGCUCUCAAAGCUGAAUUUGUCUUCUCAAGAUUUUUCUGUAGUUGGCAUCUGCUGCAGUCAUGUUUAGAAACAGCUUGAAGAUGCUGCUGACGGGGGGGAAAGCCAACAGAAAGAGUCGCAGUAGUGAUGGAGGGAGCGACGACUUUACAGAUCCCCGCUCACCCAGUCUAGACCCACAUCUGAGCCACAUUGGUCAAGGUGGCAGCAUAGACAGCGACUGUGCCUUUGAGGGAGACUACGCUGUGCCCCUGCUCUCCAUGACCGAGGGCAUGCAGCACAUUCGCAUGAUGGAGGGCGUGUCUCGCUCUCUGCCCUCCUCCCCGCUGCUCACCCAUCAGAGCAUCGGUGUGAGACUGCAGCCGGUGAAGAAGCUCACAGCUCCGCUGCGGAAAGCAAAGUUUGUGGAGAGCCCUCGCCUUCCACAGUCGGAGCUUGGCUCCCCUACACACACCUCCACCACUGCCAAGAGCACAGACCUGGACACACACUGCCCUGGGGAGUCGAGCCGCGAGCUGGGGCCCCCGCCGUCGGUGGAUGAGGCAGCCAACACAUUGAUGACGCGGCUGGGUUUCCUUCUGGGAGACAAAGUGAGCGAGGGGCCAGCUGGUACGCAAUACAGCAUGGAGGAACCUGAGGCCAGACAGGGCCAGAACCAAAGGAUCAGCCCCUGCUCCACCCUGACCAGCAGCACUGCCUCUCCACCUGCAGGCAGCCCCUGCUCCACCCUCCCUACAGCCAUGCCUGGCCAGGCUGGAAACCAGGACUGCGCCUACGGUUCUGUCACCAGUCCCACCUCCACGCUGGAGAGCAGAGACAGUGGGAUUAUAGCCACUUUGACCAGCUACUCUGAGAACAUGGAGCGAGGAGGUAAAUACAGCGAGGGAUCGCGGCGAAACUUGAAGCUGUGGCAGUCUCAGAAAUCAGGCAUGGAUUCGUUCCUGUACAGGGUGGAUGAAAACAUGACCGCCUCCACCUACAGCCUAAACAAAAUCCCUGAGCGAAACCUGGAGAGCAUGUCCCCCCACUCUGCCCACUCCAUCCCCUUAUACCUCAUGCCCCGUCCCAACUCUGUGGCUGCCACAAGCUCAGCCCACCUGGAGGACCUGGCAUACCUGGAUGAGCAGAGGCACACUCCAUUACGCGCCUCGCUGCGCAUGCCAAGGCAGAGCACCACCUGCGGGCCGGGUCGCUCUGGGCAGGACCUGAGAGCUUUGGCAAAUAACUCCCAUGCCUGGCAAUCCCAGUCACUACGCUUUGCACCCUAUCGGCCUCAAGACAUCGCUCUCAAGCCCCUACUAUUCGAGGUGCCCAGCAUCACCAUGGACUCCAUCUUCACUGGACGAGAGUGGCUCUUUCAAGAGAUCGACGCUUACCUCAACAGCCCUAACUGCAGCACCAACCGCGGCGUCGUGAUCGUGGGAAACAUCGGCUUUGGCAAAACGGCGAUCAUCUCUCGGCUGGUGGCGCUGAGCUGCCACGGCACCCGCAUGAGGCAGAUUGCUUCAGACAGCCCUCAGGCUUCACCCAAACAUGGAGAGGGACUCCCUCUCACCCAACCACAGCCUACACAUGGCACCCUGGGAGGAGGCAGCUGUCCUGGAACCCCUGAGAUGAGGCGACGUCAGGAAGAGUCUAUGAGGAGGCUAGCAUCACAGGUGGUGGCCUACCAUUACUGCCAGGCAGAUAACGCCUACACUUGUUUGGUGCCGGAGUUUGUGCACAACGUGGCGGCUUUGUUGUGCCGCUCGCCACACCUGGUGGCCUACAGGGAGCAGCUGCUGAGGGAGCCACACCUGCAGAGCAUCCUGAGUCUGCGCUCCUGCGUCCAGGACCCCCUGUCUUCCUUCAGGAGGGGGGUCCUAGAGCCCCUGGAUGUGCUUUAUAAAGAGAGAAAGAUUAACUCAGAAGAAGACUUUAUUGUCCUCAUCGAUGGCCUCAAUGAGGCCGAGUUCCACAAGCCCGACUACGGAGACACCAUCGUGUCCUUCCUCACCAAAACCAUCAACAGGUUUCCUCCCUGGCUCAAACUGGUGGUCACCGUCAGAACCACGUUACAGGAGAUCACCAACGCGCUGCCGUUUCACCGCAUCUUCCUGGACGGUCUGGAGGAGAAUGACGCCAUAGACCAGGACCUGCAAGGCUACAUCCUGCACCGCAUCCACAGCAGCCCGGAGAUCCAGAACAACAUUUCGCUCAACGGCAAGAUGGACAACACCACCUUCGGCAAGCUCAGCGCCCACCUCAAGGCCCUGAGCCAGGGAUCCUACCUGUACCUCAAACUCACCUUUGACCUCAUCGAGAAGGGCUACCUGGUGUUGAAAAGUUCCAGUUACAAGGUGGUUCCAGUAAACCUGGCGGAGGUCUACCUGCUGCAGUGCAACAUGCGUUUCCCCACGCAGUCCUCGUUCGAGCGGGCGCUUCCUCUCCUCAACGUGGCUGUGGCAUCGCUCCAUCCGCUGACAGACGAGCAGAUUUAUCAGGCCAUCAACUCUGGCUCACUGCAGGGCACUCUGGACUGGGAGGACUUCCAGCAGCGCGUAGAUAACCUGUCAGUCUUCCUCGUGAGGAGGAGGGAUGGCACCAGGAUGUUUGUUCACCCCUCCUUCAGAGAGUGGCUGAUCUGGAGAGAAGAAGGAGAAAAGACAAAGUUCCUGUGUGAUCCAAGGAGCGGACACACCCUGCUGGCCUUCUGGUUCUCUCGGCUGGAGAACAAGCUGAACAGACAGCAGACAAUUGAGCUGGGCCACCACAUCCUCAAAGCACAUAUCUUCAAGGGUCUCAGUAAGAAAGUGGGAGUUUCCUCAUCUAUCCUGCAAGGCUUGUGGAUUUCUUACAGCACAGAAGGUCUCUCAGCUGCUCUGUCUUCACUCCGAAAUCUCUACACUCCCAACAUCAAGGUGAGCCGGCUCCUGAUGCUGGGCGGAGCCAAUGUGAACUACCGCACAGAGGUGCUGAACAACGCCCCCGUCCUGUGUGUCCACUCCCACCUGGGCUACAUGGACAUGGUGGCGCUGCUGCUGGAGUUUGGUGCCUUUGUGGACGCCCCAUCUGAGAGCGGCCUCACACCUCUGGGCUACGCUGCUGCUGGUGGGAAUAUGGCCAUCGUCACUGCCCUUUGUCGCAAGAGAGCUAAGGUGGACCAUUUGGAUAAGAACGGCCAGUGUGCCCUGGUGCACGCGGCCCUGAGGGGCCACAUGGAGGUGGUGAAGUAUCUGAUCCAGUGUGACUGGAACGUGGGAUCCCAGCAGCAGUCACCGCAGACGCAGCAACAGGCGGCCUUCACCAAAAGCCACGCGGUCCAGCAGGCGCUCAUCGCUGCAGCCAGCAUGGGAUACACAGAGAUUGUUUCCUACCUGCUGGAUUUGCCAGAGAAAGACGAAGAGGAGGUGGAGCGUGCUCAGAUCAAUAACUUUGACACCCUGUGGGGGGAGACAGCUCUGACAGCUGCUUCCGGUCGUGGGAAGCUGGAGGUUUGUCGCCUGUUGCUGGAGCAGGGCGCCGCCGUGGCUCAGCCCAACAGACGAGGCAUCGUUCCGCUCUUCAGUGCCGUCAGACACGGACACUGGCAGAUUGUGGACCUCUUGCUUACACAUGGAGCAGAUGUCAACCUGCCUGAUAAACAGGGUCGUACGCCUCUGAUGAUGGCAGCGUCAGAGGGACAUUUGGGAACGGUUGAGUUCCUGUUAGCACAAGGAGCCUCCCUGUCUCUGAUGGAUAAGGAAGGUCUGACUGCUCUGAGCUGGGCCUGUUUGAAGGGUCAUCUACCCGUGGUGCGCUACCUGGUGGAGAGCGGCGCCGCUACCGACCACGCUGACAAGAACGGACGCACGCCUCUCGACCUGGCUGCGUUCUACGGCGACUCUGAAGUGGUCCAGUUCUUGGUUGACCACGGCGCCAUGAUAGAGCACGUUGACUACAGUGGGAUGCGUCCCCUGGACCGAGCGGUGGGCUGCAGGAACACAUCGGUGGUGGUUGCUCUACUCAAGAAAGGAGCCAAGAUAGGAUGUCAGACGCUGCCCAGUCGGCCCCGAGAAGGGAAAGGUGAAGGAGGCUGCACAGCGUUACCAGUAUGCUCUCAAAAAGUUUCCACGCGAAGGCUUUAGCGAGGACCUCAAGACGUUCAGGGAACUCAAAGUGUCACUUUUUCUCAACUUGUCUCGAUGUCGGAGGAAAAUGAAUGACUUUGGGAUGGCUGAGGAAUUUGCUACCAAGGCUCUGGAACUAAAACCAAAAUCAUAUGAGGCGUAUUAUGCCAGGGCACGCGCCAAACGUAGCAGCAGACAAUUCCCUGAAGCCUUAGAGGACCUGAAUGAAGCCAUGCAGCUUUGCCCCAACAACAGAGAAAUCCAGCGGCUGCUCCAGAGGGUGGAGGAGGAAUGUCAUCAGCUCAACCAGGAUGAGCACCAGCAGCAGGACCUGGAGCUGGAGCCUCCACCCUCACCUCCUCCUACACCUCCCGCAGAAGAGGAGGAGUCCCUUUCGUUGUCCAUGCCUCUCCCUCCUCCCCCCGAGCCUCGUCUAGAGGACAUGGAGCCUGUCCAGGAUCUGUUUGAGGACGAGGACUACCUGGAGCAGGAGCUGGAGGCCAUGUCGAUGGCUCUGCCGCCUCCAGACUCUCUCACCAAUCCAUCCAGUCUUCCGAUAAUUCAGUCCCCUCCUCUCUCCCCCACACACCCAGAUCAGAUUUAUUUAGCAGGGGGUUCGCCCAUGGGACAGCCCUACGAAUACCUCCCUACCUCCUCCUCCAUGUCCUCCCCAACUCGGGGCUCGUAUCAGCCCACAUCACCAUCUCUUUCUCCAACUCAUCAAAACUCCCACUAUCGCCAUAGUCCACCUCACACCUCCCCAGUGCACCAGCCAUCCUACCGCUUCAGCCCCCCACCCAUGGGCACCGGGGGUCAGGGGAUGGACCACCAGAGCCCACCGCCUUCACCGUUACGUCGUGCUGCUCAGUACAGAUCCAGUCCACCGUUAGAAAGUGUGUGUUUGUACCGAUCCCAGUCAGGAUCACCUGUGCGCUACCAGACGGAGCAGCUCCCUGGCCGACCCAAAUCUCCGCUUUCUAAGAUGAGCAGCCAGCGUUCAUUCCAGCUGAACUCACAGCCUUCUUUAUCUUCCCAGCACCACCAAGCCCAAGGUCUUCGUCUCCAACCUUCUAUAGCCCAAAUAGUCCGCACAAACCAGCCUAGCAAUGUCAUGGGCAACAGUAGCUUUGGCAGCCAGAUGAGCCACUCCAUCGGUGGUCGCUUUCAGGGGGGGUCAAUAGACGUGGAGAGCCGCUUAGUGUACCAGCCGUCCCUGGACGGGCGAUCUAUGUCCCAGGUUCAGGCCAGCCUCAGCUCUGGGGCCCUCUGUCAGCACGGUGGCCGAGGAGGGGUUAUGGAGUCGAACCUGUUGAAAGAUGAGCUACCCCAGCGCCCCUCCUCUGCCUACCGCGCCAGCAGCGGGGGUCCGGGAGGCAUUCGUUACAGCCAGACACCUCAGAUAAGCCGCAGUCAGUCAGCCGCCUACUACCCAGUUUCUGAACACGUACUGGAGCGUGCCAACGCCAUGCCUCCCUGCCAGCUGGGCUCUCCUGAGAUCCCACAUAUGGUGAGACGCCCCGUGAGUGCUAAUACCACCGAGCUGAAACAGCAUGUACCCACCCCCAGGCCUCUCAUCCAUUCUCAGAGCGUAGGCCUGCGAUUCUCCCCCUCCAGCAACAACAUCUCAACUGGAUCCACUUCCAAUCUAGCUCCAGGUUUUAGGCCUUCCUCAUCCAUUCAGCAGAUGGAGAUCCCGCUGCAAGCCACAUAUGAGCGCACCUGUGAUGACAUCUCACCAAUCUCCCCCUCCCAGAGCGGUGGAGGACUGUAUCAGGGGGAGACAACCCGCUCUAGGAACACGCCUUUCAUGGGGAUCAUAGACAAGACAGCUCGGACUCAGCAGUACCUACAUCAACCAACGCGGCCCAGGCCCAUGACAUCUAUGGAUUCUGCUAUCAGCCCAACUUCGCCCGGCCAGCUGGUCCAGCAAGGCUCCACCUACAGCCCCCCAGCCUCUCUCGGUAAUAUCGCCUACUACAACAAGACCAACAAUGCUCAAAAUGGACACCUGCUGGAGGAGGACUAUUACUCCCAGACCCAGACCCCCUCGCUGGGCAAGCUGGCCAAUGGCUCUCGUGGCAGUGGUGAUAUUCUGGAGCGGGUCAGCCAGGUGCCCACCUAUCCUGAUGUAAAGGUGGCAAGGACUCUUCCUGUUGCGCAAGCUUACCAGGACAACAUGUACCGCCAGCUGUCACGUGACUCCCGGACCCAAGGCCCCACCUCCCCCAUCAAACCAAAGAGACCGUUUGUGGAGUCGAAUGUGUGAUGGCCCAGUUGUGAUUGGAUAGUUUGAUUAGGCAUGCUAGUGGAAGAGAGAGUGAAACGGUAUUUAUCUGAAGAGGCAAACAUGUGAUUUAUGUAUGUGGCAUUACCAAACUCAUCCAAAAGAACUCUUAAGAGACAACUCCAGUCAGGAAAACCACAAAUGACAUUCAGGCUGUUUGACGUGAUCUUAGGUGAAAGGGAUUGUUCCGUAAUCUGCACAAAGGCUGAACAACAGAAGGUUUCUGAUCUCAUUCUUAAUCAAAGACCAGUGCACUUCCAAAAUGUCAAGUGGCACAAAGUUACAUGCAGAUGGGACAGUAUGAGUGAGUGCGCUACUCAUCAGACUCAUCACGGACUCUUUCUUCAUCUUCUGUUCUUUCAAAAUGUGCUCUUAACCGAGGUUGCUACGUAGGCUAUUCAAAAAACUACAAUAUUAGCUGUUCGAUACUGUACAUUGCUCAGAAAAUACAAAUGGCUCAAACACAUAAAGAAAAUGACAAUAUUUAUAAUUAAGUUAUAUAUUGUACAUAGAAAAGGAAGCAUAGUUUGCAUUUAUUCUGUUAACCCUGCUACUGUGUCACACUGCUAGUCAUGUGGAAAUGGAAAAUCAGCCAGUGUGAAGCAUGAGGGACAAGGGCAGACUUUGACUGACACAAUUACCUCUGAUUCAUAGAAAUAGAAGGAUUUCUUGUCCUGUAAUGCAAGAAAUUGCAUUAACCUGCAGAUUAUUUUUGUUUAAUGAUUAAUUUUUGUUAAAAUGGCUAAACACGAUCAGAUACAUACACUUUCAUUUAUAUUUCUCAUCUGUAAUGUUUUCAAAUGACCUGUUUUGUUUUGACCUUAAGAUCUGCAAAGCAAAAAUAGCUUAUGUGUUUGAAGAAAAAUCAUUCUUAUUACAAAUGUUCAUUAAAUGCAAAAUGUAAGUAGACCAAAGUCUUCCUCAGAUUUUUUUAAGUAUCAACAUUUUUUUAUUUAAUAUAAACCUACCUAUAAAACCUAUAAUCAAUUUGUCCAACAGCAACAUUACAAGAUAGCUGAGGUUCAAAUAUAAGAUUAUUUUUCAUUGGAGCUAUGGGUUAAGUUACAUUAUAUGACAUAUUUAAUUAUAUGUAUAUAUUUAUGUAUACAUAUACGGAGAGAAAAUGUGAUCGAUAGAUGCCUUUACAAGAAAUAUCUAUAAAAACAACUUUAAAAAUAAUCUGAUCUAGCGUAAACAUCUUUUUCCUGUUAGAAAUGUUGCGCAAUUUCUAUUAAAAUCCAAAGACACUAAGUCAGUAUUGGACAACCUCACAAUGCAAAGAUGUCGUUCACCUUUUGGAACAUUGUUUAAAAUGUUAGAGCUCAAAAUUACAUUUUAAACCUUUCAGUUUGUGUCUGAUAAAACAUUUUGUGCUUGUUAGAGUACCGACUGCUCAACACAGUGUUAACUAAUAUUAUUAUUCAUAAGGGGUUCUAGUUUUGCCGAAGGCACCAAAAAAGGUCCUAAGGGCAAUAAAAUUGUCCCUGUAGGAUAUAAAAAAUGUCCUUUGUGUGACACGGAUUAUUGAUGACUAAAAAAUGUUGUUGCAGGUGUCAAAGUUUGUCUCUGUCCCUCCUUCGAGCUGGUGACGGGUUAGUACUCAGCAGCUACAAGCAAGCAAAUGCAUCCCUCCCUGGUAAACAUCUCCUCUCCUCCCCCAUUUUUUUUGUUCUGCAUCUUUUUAAUUUGACCCUUUCUGCACCAACGGUACCCGCUACAUUCUCAACUAAGAGUGCACUUUAUCUUCUUGGUUGUUCGCUGAAUUUGGAAGAAAUGUGUGUGCAUGUGUGUGUGUGUAUCGGGUCAGCUCUCUGAUCAGUUGGAUCCAGACUAUCAUAGAAACCAUUAUUGUAUUUGCAAUGUGGUGAUGAAUGAGGUGAAACUGAUGUUUUUAAACCGGCGAUGAUGUAAAAACUUUCUAGCACAAGCUGUAAAUAUUGGUUUAGAUAUUCCACUCCGUCCAGCUCAGAUUGUUGAGUGUGUCUGUUCUGAAAGGCCGGUCAUAUUUCAUGUAAUAAAUGCACACACACGUGUGUGUGUGUGUGUAUAUAUAUAUAUAUAUAUAUAUAUAUAUAUAUAUAUAUAUAUAUAUACACACACACACACACACACACACACAGUAUAUAUAUAUGUUCAAAUCAACCUCUCUAGAAAAUACGACUAAAUUAGUGCAACAAAAGUAAAUAAUAAACUACAAAGACUGGUAUUAUAGUAUCCAAAAGCUCCAUGUUUGGAGUUUGUGUCAUAGUGGUGUGAAAUAAUGAGAAUAUUCAAGUUAAUUGUAAAUGUGGGAGAGGUUAUAGACUAUUUGUCUGAAACGGUUUUAUUUUGGAUGUCAGAUGAAGAAUAUCUACGAACAGCUGCCUCCUGUUUAUCCUGUUUCACCUGCUACCAGAGAGAUGCUGUACGUUACAAAAAAUAAUGAAGGUAGAAACUGUAUCAUACUUCAUUUAAACUGGACUUUUUCAGUUGUGGGAGUGUCUGGUUUCCAGCUGUACUUGUAUAUUAGUUUGCUGUAAAUAGUCUGAUGCAUGUUCUAUUCUUUCAAACCUGUAUAGCAGUGUCACUGGUGUGUGACGGUGUUGGGAUAAGGAUAAGGAGACUACUGACAUACCUGAACUAUCCUUACCAUUUUCCUUCAACCCCACCAGACAAAAAGGUUAUUUUAUUUUACUUUAUUUUAAUGUAUUUGCUUGCUGAGCAGAGUUCUCUUGUCUGUAAAUGUGAGCUUUCGAAUCGCUGUGAUAAAAAGUUUCAUUAAAAACGAUAAAAAAGAAUGUGUUUUUAUCUCAUGAUAAGUGAUUGUAAUCUGUACAGCCGAACCUAUGUACUGGAAAAAAAGAACAUAUUUAUAAAUGGUUAUAAACUGAAA